AUGCCAUGCCUAUUACUAUUGUACGUCGGAUAUAAAUAUCAAACCUGUCUUAGCGGGUCUUACUUGGCCACUCCUUUAUACAAGCUGCUUCAUCUGCAGUCUGUACUGUGUGUUGUGCGUGUUUUUCCAGUCCGAUUCACACAAAAACUAAAGGCUCCGUCAUUUACUCCUCCACCAUUUGGUCCAAUUUUGUCUGCGAAAAUGGUUGCAAAAAUGAAGAAAAAUGGUGCUGGUGCAGAAGCUGAUGCACCGUCAAAUCAUUUCAGUAAACCAUCUUGGCUUCUUUGCACUAUUGCUGAUUUGGACGAGAGGAUGAAGAUGCUUAUAUCGAAAAUCCCUAAAGAAGAUAGCGCUGAUAGUUUUGCAGAAAGGGCCAAUGCCUACUAUCAGAGAAGGCCUCAGCUGCUUGCAUUGCUUCAAGACUUGUACAACGACUACCUCUCUUUGGCAGACCGUUAUUGCCAAUCACUUGCCAAGAACUAUCAUCGUCGUAGUCGUUGUUCUUCGCCCUCGAAUUUUGAUGAAAAUCAACGGUCUGAUCAUGGAGACUCGGAGGAAGUCAUUGAUUCUGACGCAGAAAGCUCAUUGUCUUUCCAGUCUCCCUUUCCACUUCCAGCCAAAGUGGAUGUAGAAAUGCUAGUAGCCGACAUGGUUAUGAACACAGUGGACUACGAGAUUCUAUCAAACGAACUUAGGAUGGCAGAGAAGAGGUCCAGUGAAUCAGCACGAAAGAUAGAGCUGCAAAAGAACUUGUUGGAUGUACUCGAGUCAGAAAGGUUAAUACUACUGAAUGAUAACGCGACAUUGGGCUACAGAUUGUCCUCAUUGGCAGAAGAAAACAAAGGGCUGGUUUCAGAAUCUCUGUUUCUGAAGAGGAAGGCUGCCGAGUUGGCAAGGUGUCUGUUGAAGACGAGGGAGGAUCACAGGGUAUUCGUGCUGAGUCGAAAGAUUGAAGAUCUGCAGGGGCAGAUAUAUGGAUUGGAGAAGAGAAACAAGGAGUACUAUGAACAACUUGUUAAACAAGAUGAACAGAAGAACAAAACUAAGAAAAAGAAUGGUAGGAUUAAAGAUCAGGUGAGUUUGGAUAACUGCUUCAAAGUGCGUGCAAGUGCUGCUGCCAAUGUGAAAAGGGACUUUAAGCCUAAAGAUGGAGGUGUUGAAGGUGCAAGAGUUUCCAAGUUGUGGAAUAGGGUCAAGAAAAUGGAUCUAUUCAGUUGUGGAUCUUGUGGCCCUCAUGUCAAUUUCAGUAACAGCCAAGAAAAGUAA